AUGUCCAGGUGCAACAGCAGCACCUUGCUCACUAACCUGGGGCUGAGGUACUGCUCCGGUCGGCAGGGCCCUCUGGGUCCGGGUCCAGGUCCGGGUCCCUGCAGCUACACUGGGAGCAGCAGGCCCUACAGGAGCAUGGAGAACCUGAACUGGAGCGCUGUGGCGGACUCUGGUCUGUGUGCGUUCGGCGCCGCCCCCUACAGGAGCACGGACAGCGAGUUCAUUCUACGCUACACCUCCACCAGCCACUGGUACGACGGCCCCCCCGACGGCUCCAUGCUGGGGGCCCCUGGACUGGCCCCCCACCAGGAGAGCCUGGCGUUUUACCCUCGACACGUUCUGCCCAGGAAGGACCUGCCGCUCUUCCCUCAGCUGCUGUUUCCAGGUGGUGUCGACGAAUGGGACGGGAGGAAGGGCCUGAGGGAGAAGCUCCGCCUCCAGAGCGCCAGGUCGUCUGUCGAGCCUGUGAAGCCCCUCCCCCUGCGACCUCCGGCGACCCCGGCUGCUGCUGCACCCAAUUCAAACGCCGCCGGGUCCAGGCCGCCAGGCUCCACGCGAAUCACCAGCCCCGAGGAGAUCAAGCAGGAGGUCCUGAGGCGCCUGCAGCUCCGGCGGCAGAACAGCAGCCCAAACCUGGCGCUCCACAGCUCCCCGUCCAGCCCGAAGGAGGUGAAGGCGGUGAAGACGUCCUACACAACGGACAACAUCUCAGGGAGCAGGAGUGGAUCGGAUUCUGGGUCAGAGCGCCGCAGACCUCCAGUCGGACGCCUCCACAUCCCCACGUUUGAGGAGUUUAAACGGAUGAGGCAGAAGGAGGGAGACCAGGACCAGGAGUCCACAGCCGGUUCUGUGGGAUCUGGACCAUCAGUCAGUAAGAAACCUCCUUCUGGUGGAGGAAACAGAGAGCAGCUAGAGGAGGUCCAGGGAGAAGCGAGACCUCCAUCUAGCACCGUGAGGAGCACCGCACCUCCCAUCUCCACCUCCCUCACCUCGUACGCUCCCAUCUGCACCGGCCCGUCUCCUCGGUCGCCCCUGCAGCCGCUGGCGAGCGGCAGGAGGAGGAGGAGCAGUCUGGAACCAGCCGGGUCGGUACCUUUCCCGUCUGGCAGGGAGAACUGGAGUCGGCCCUCCAGCUGCUGCCCGGCGCUCCUCCUGGAGGGGACGGACCUGUCCAGCUACGGCGCCAAGAUCUACAAGAUGAAGGACGGACUCAUCGGAUCGGCUCUGGACCUCAUCAAGAAGAGCUGCAGUGCAGAGAUCUCCGCCGAGGCCCCCGUCAGGCUGUCAGGUGACCGGGACGGAGGCUGUGACAUCACCGCCCCCUCGGCCGACUGUCAGCCCUCCACCGUUGCCAUGGAAACGCCGGCGACGGCCUGCAGAGCCGAGGCUGGCGACGACGACGACGAGACGCCUGCAGGAGGAGGAGGAGGAGGAGGAAGAGGAAGAGGAGGAGAGGAAGCAGGAGAAUGCCAGGCCGGUCUGGGCUGCCGGCGCUCCAGCUCGGACGCCGCCUACGAGCUGGCUGAGACGGUGAGGGCGCAGCGGGAGUGCCGUCUGCGGCCGCACUACAGCGACCCCAUGCCGGCCGACGCCUCCAAACGCAAACAGCUGGAGAUGAAGAUCGCUGCGGCCGCACGGCUCCACGGACACCGCCGAGACCGGGACCGGGACCGAGACCGAGACCGGGACAGUGCUCCAGCAGCCCUUCGUGGUCGGUCUGAGCCGCCCGGAGAGGAGCGCCAGGCGGGUCUGGGCGUGACGCGGUCCGGGCAGCACCGCUGGAGCACCAUCAGCAGCCUGAGCGUGGACAGCGGCGUGGUCGGCCUCAGCGAUGAGCGCGAGGAGGAGGACAGCGAGCCACGACGCUACCGCCGGACCCGGGGGUCCGAGGUGGAGCGGGUGGACAGCGGCAUCGGACCCGGUCUGUCCCGCACCUGGAAGAGACCUUCGGCCUCGCUCCGGGCCUGGGAGGCCCAGAGACCCUGUCCGGACUGCGGGCUCCGGGACGGGGCCUCCAGAGAGCGAGGAGAGCGAAUGUGUGAACGCUGCUCCAAGCUGCGCACCGAGCGCAAGGAAGCCAUCCUGGAGUUCCUGAACACGGAGUCGAGCUACGGGGAGGACCUGAGGAUCAUCCGGGAGGAGUUCUUCAGCCCCAUGCAGAGCGCCGGGCUGCUGACGGCCGAGCAGCUCGCCGUGGUGUUCAGCAACGUCCAGGAGCUCAUAGACGUCAACGACCGCUUCACCGAACACCUGCAGGACAGCAUCGACCAGGCCUUCGACCAGGGAGAUGAGGAUCUGCUCACCGUCUACAUAGGAGAGAUCUUUCUGGAGUUCGUCAACAUGCUGCCGGCCUUCCAGACCUACUGCCUGCAGCAGUCCACCUCGGUCAACAUGCUCAACACGCUGGAGAAGGAGAAGGAGCUCCUCAGAAUCUUCCUAGACGUUUCCCAGAAUGACAACACGGCACUGCGGCGCAUGAACUUGCGCUCCUUCCUCAUGGCGCCCCUCCAACGGGUGACCAAGUACCCGCUCCUGCUGAGCCGCAUCAUCAAGGUCACCCCCGAGUGCCACCCGGACUACGCCCGUCUCCGCGAGGCCAAGAGUCGGGUGGAGUCCCACCUGGAGCACAUCAACAUGAAGACCAAGCAGGAGGGCAACGGCGUCACCUGGUCGCUCCGCUCGUUCCGCCGCGACAGCCGCAAAAACCGUGAGGUCAUCAACAUCGAGAUGCGGGAGGUGUCGAUGAAGACGGUGGGCUGGGCGAGGGAGAACACGCGGUUCGUCAUGGAGGGACCCCUGCAGCUGUCCCAGCCGGCGGACGGUCAGUGGGUGAAGAAGGGCAGCAAGGCCCUCAAGUUCCAGAACGUCCAGAGUCUGCUGAUGGUGAAGAUACAGCGGCCCGUCGACGCCGCGGGGCAGGGCGGCGACCAGGGGGCCAUCCGAGACGGCGUUCUGGUUCUGAUCAAGGACAAGAGCAGCGGAAAGUUCACGGUGCUCAGAGAGCCGAUCCGCCUGGGAAACUGCGUGGUGUCGACGGACCCGGACUGCGAGGACACGUUCGAGGUGCUCGACAUCCGGCGGGAGUCUUUCGUCUUACGCGCCUCGGACAAAUCCCGCACGCAGCAGUGGUUCCAUCAGAUCAAGAGGUACACUCGAGACCUGGGCACCUGGAGGAAAAGACGCAACGCGUUGCCCAACAUCAUGAUCAACACAAACCAGACCCGCUCCUGAGACUCGCCUCCGUCACACUGUAAAUAACCUGCAAAACUAAACCGACAACGAGAAGCAUUUCUGAGCGACGGCGCUGUUAAAACCGUAGAAAUAGAAAAGAAGUAGACGGACAGUCUCAUUUAAAUCAACGCAGCAGUGAAGG